CGCGCCCUUUGCGAGCGGUCGUUUCUUUGUUCCUCGUCGCGCUUCAACUCGAAUCCGACGAAGCGAAGCGAUCUCGAACGGGACGUUCGGUCGACGCAUCCCGCCGCCACGGCCCACGCCGCUCGGCACAAUUAAGUGACGUUUUCAUUAAUAUGAACUAUUUAUUAACUCUCAUUUAGUUUAGAAGUGAAGUGAGUGUCAGAUAUCGAAAUGGCAGCAGCUAUGAUAUCGGAUCGUGGACUCCGUAAAAAGUUGACUCAAGAAGCCAUUCCGGUGAAAACUCCCAGGAAACCUUCCAAGCGUAAGUCAACGCCAAGUAGCUCUAAGAGCGAUAAAAAAAACGAACAAAAUAACAACAAGCGACCGAAAAUACAAACGGGAGACCCCAAGUUGGACCUGUUUUCGACUUAUCAACCGUGGGUAAUACAGACUUAUGGAGAUUUGGCGAAAACCAAGACAAUUACCCUAAAGAAGUACGCACGAAUCCUACGCACGUUGCGUGGGGAGGAAUGCAAUAGUUCAGACAGUUCCAAGUUCCGUUUUUGGGUGAAAGCGAAGGGAUUCCAUAUCGGAAAGCCUCCAGGGUACGAUGCGAAACCAGCAGAUGGUAUCGUAUGCAGAUAUAGUGUCGUGGAUGCAGAUGGGUGCGCCAAAGGGCCAGAUGGUCAGGAGAUAUACACCGGUUCUCAGAACGAUCCACCAUUGUACAUUCCGACGCCACCUUUAAAGAAUGCACCCAAUCAAGAGCCUGUGUACAGAAAAGUGGCCAUAGUUGAAAACUUUUUUGACAUUAUCUACACUGUUCAUGUAGAGCUGGAAGGAAGACCCGGAAAACAUGCUGGACAGAAAAGAACAUACAGAACUAUUACGGAGACCUACGCGUUUCUGCCUAGGGAAGCCGUCACGCGUUUCCUGACCGGAUGCGCGGAGUGCGCGCGGCGCCCGCGCAGUGCCUCUCCCCCACCUCUUCCCACUCCCUCUCCUUCCCCUACCAGACACCCUACCUACCUCCCAUUCCUACCACAUUGUACCACCACAGACUACUCUCGAAACUGGGAAAGCGAAAUCGACGCCGCGCACUCAAAUUACGUUUACGAACCAAAAUACACCGAAUUACAACCUUUGAAAAAGGUUCAAAGUCCCAAAACCGCUGAAACCGAAGACCCGGAACCUACAUACAUAGAACUGACUUCGAAAAAAGUCAACGGAUUUGAUUCAACGCCACUUUUCAAUAGAAGUUCACCUGUCGAACCUGCAUUUAGAGAAGAACAACCUGUCCAAACGGACCCUGAGAUAGACAAGGACGAAAACAGCUUGAUAGACGUUGAAGACGUCAGGAAUGAUAGUCCACUACCUUUGGCAUCCAAAAACGACGUAGAACCAGGCGAAAUUAUUAGUAGAGUUGCUACUGAAAGUACUAAGCUGGUAGAAAAUGAAGGAGUUAAGGAAAACUCUAAAAUAGUGGAAGUGACUGAGACAAAGACUGAAGUGAAAGAGAAGAAAUAUAACCCUUUAGAUGUUGCAAAUUUGACAUCUAAAGACCCACCAAAAUCUCGUUCUCCGCCUAGAAAGAAAUUACUGGCUACUAGCAACGACUGUGUGAGUACAUUUGGAAGGUAUCCAAGACCUUGGAGACCAGACGGUGGGCUUUAUUACGGUGGUGAAGAGGUUGAUUAUAGCGUGCCGAUAACGACUGCAUAUUUGAAGCAUAUGAGGAGUAUGGCGUACCAGGAGCGCGUCGUUUUGGACAGUAAGGAUAACUUAACUCCAGAACCGUCGGACAUGAACGAUGACGAUAACUUUUCUAGUCAGGCCUUCGCGAAAGAUGCCGAGAAGUUGAAAAUGAUGUUGCUCGCAUGGAAUUAUCACCAAUCACAAGGCCGCAAUGGUGAGAUCACAGAAAGCGGCACAGAUAGCAUGGCCGACCUCUGGGCUUCCUACCACAGUGCUUUAGGCCUGGGGAGCAAGCCCCCGAAGGCGCCAACACCACUGACCACUGGUCAAUCGGUGAGUUUUAAGAGUCCAAUAAAUGUGGGAUCAGCGACUCCUGGAGCCGAAGCCGCAUCAACUCUUGAUGAGACUUCAUCAUCAGAUCGGACAAAGGAUGAUGAUGAUGCUGGAGGGUCUGAUGAUGACAGUGACGACAGAGUUGAUCCUCAACAUCAUGAUCCUGAGCGGUUGAAGGCUUUUAAUAUGUUCGUCCGCCUCUUCGUAGACGAGAAUCUUGAUAGGAUAGUCCCUAUCUCCAAGCAGCCAAAGGAGAAGAUCCAAGCCAUCAUAGAUUCUUGCACGAGGCAGUUCCCCGAAUUCGCUGAGCGAGCUCGCAAACGUAUCCGAACAUACUUAAAGAGUUGUCGGAGGAACAAGAAGGUUCGGGGAGAUGGUCCUACCACGGGGAAUGGAGGAAGCACCCCGGGAACUAACUCUUGGGAUAGCGCGGUCCGCCCGACCCCAGCCCACCUGACGUCAGUGCAGGCAGAGCACAUACUGGCCCAAGCCUGCGAGAAUGAGAGCCUCAACGCCAAACGCAUGCGAUUGGGGCUAGAGCCUGUCAGUCAACCUAUGCCUACUGUGCCCACGCCUAUGGCUAUAGACUCAACAGCAACAUCAGCUGUGGCUUCGUCGUUCCUAAGCCUCUACAGUGGAGCCAUUUCCAGUCCUGCAUCCACCCCUGCCACAAAUACUUCUACCACAUCUCUAGCCACGGCUGGACACAGCAAGGCACCUGCAGACACUACCAGGCCUUCAGCAAGCCCCACAUUGGAGAACUCUUUGCUGAAUAACAAUAAUUUGAAGCUGGACAACGCUAAUGGCAAUGCUGGGAGUAAGACUGCGAGCCCUGCAUCUUCUCCAGCUCCGCUAUUCAGGCCUUCGUUCCCAGCUACAUUUGGCAAUCCACCAAGUUUCGGACGCCAAAACUCGAAUACUAAUUCGGCUUCGGCUUUAUCUAACAGUGCCGCCCUGUUGUCGACGUUGUCUGCUCUGCCACCCACAGGCGUGGGAGUGAACGCGGCAAUGGCGGCUUACCAGAGCGCUUUACUUUCUGCAAUGGCUGCGCACACGCAUACUUUUCCUACCAGCCUUAGCGCACCAACAGAUCUAUCUCUCAAGAAUACGCCAACAACAUCUCUCCAUGUCACAUCGACGGUCUCAUCGUUGACUGGAACUACUCCAUCCACCAAGACACCUCUCCUCACUCACAAGUUAUCAGGAGCCGAAGUCGGUGCCGUGCGACAGCUUAUCACAGGAUACCGUGAGUCAGCCGCUUUUCUGCUGCGUUCAGCUGAUGAGCUCGAGGCACUAUUGCUCAAUCAACCCUAGGAAACGGCGAAACCUUUCGAUUACUUCGGAAUUAAGUUUGGAUACUUCUAGAAAGAUUUGACUGGAGACGACGAUUUUGAAUGGAAUCUCAAGAAUUGGCACAAGAUGAAGAUUUCUGACAUGAAUCGUCGAAGUAUCUGAACUAGUUUUGGUGUAUCAUGAAGAGGAUUCCGAAGGUUUAUUGGAACUUUUUAGAUGUUAUUGGAGUGUUUGAAGUUUCGAAGGUUUCUUGCAAAAAAAAUGUGUAUGCGGACAAUGUGUCAAUUUUGUCUACUAAACGGUGGAAAUUACAAAGAGAAUUACGAGAAUUAUGAAAAUGAUAAAACUAUUGAUUUUAUUUGGAUGAACAAUUAUUUUUUUGGAAACAACUAUAGUAAAGUUUAUUUAAAAUUAUUUCAAAUCGGGCUCACAUUAUCUAAAAACCCAAUUUUUUUAUGUCUUACUUAUUUCAUUAUCGAAAAGAGACUGUAGGAACUUUAUGUUACAAUGUAGGUAUUGAUUCUGAUUACUUAGAGUUAUAACAAGUAUUUACGCUCUAACAAAUCUACUGUAGGGACAGUAUAACUCGCAAUGAAGAAAUCACCAGGUAAUAAUAAUAUUACAGAUGUAUAGCUAUUGGUUGCGGUUGGAUGGAAAUAGUCUAAUUCAAUGUAUGAGAUCUUUUCCUGAUGUCACACGUCUAUAUACAGAACCGCUAUUUGUGAUAUAAGUGGUGUGCAAGCAGUGUUACUGUCCAUGGGGAACUUGGUUUGACGUUUUUCAUUGCGAUGGCUUUACUUUAAUUUGUCACGUUACAAUGUUGAUGGUAGUGUAUUUGCGUGGCUAACUGUAAUUCAGCAGCCCUUUUUAUUUGUAUAUUUCACUUGACGGUGUUCGUUUCUGCCAUUGCAAACAAACUACAUGCGUUAUAAGGCCUUCAAACUAGACGCUACAACUAAAAAUAAUGUAGGAAGAUCCCUGUGACAGUUCAUUAACAUCUAUACAAUAUAACCUUGUAACGACGUGCACUAAUUUAUGUAUUUCAUAAACUAUUUUUAUAAGCCUCGUUUUUAAAUGAAUAGCUUUUAUUAUUAUUAAGUAAAUAAACUCAAUUAAAGUAAAAAGAACACCAAAUCAAUGUUUAU